AUGACCCGCUUCGUCCCCGGCGGCCGCGACCUGACGGAGGUUGACUUCCGCGCCCGCCUGGCCGACGUGCGCGCCGAGUGCGCCACCGACGAGGAGGAGAUCGAGCUGGCACUGCAGGUCAUCCUCUCCGCCAGCCGCGGCCCGGCCAACGCCGAGGGGGCGGCGACCUUCGACUACUUCGUCGCGGUCGCCAGCCGCGACGAGGAGAUCCUGGCGCGCGACGCCUACAGCGUCACCAUUCCCUUCGAGGGCAACCGCACCACCGUCGGCCUGCUCGACGAGGUCGACGUGGCUAUUCCGCUGGCCGAGGGGCAGACCGGGCGCGAAUACCGCAUCUUCGUCGGCCUCGCCCUGACGGCCGAGGCAAACGGACCGGGCGGGACGGACACGACGCCUCUGGAGAGCGGGCGCCGGGGCCAAUCUCUCAGGUUCGGUGACAGAGGGGGCUUGGAGCUGUCGGCCGCUGUGGUCGGCGGAGCUUUCAAGGCCCUGAAGGACACGCGCCGAACCCGCAUGACCGAGACGACUCCCGAGACCCGUUCCGAUCCCCGCCCGACGCCGCUGGCGGCCCUGCACCGCGAGCAGGGCGGCAAGCUGGUCGACUUCGCCGGCGCGCUGCUGCCGCUGCAGUUCCCCGCCGGCAUCAUGGCCGAGCACAAGCAGUGCCGCGACUCGGCGGCGCUGUUCGACGUCUCCCACAUGGGCCAGGUCGAGCUGACCGGCAGCGGCGUCGCCGCCGCGCUGGAGCGGCUGGUGCCGGGCGAGCUGCAGAAGCUGCCCGAGGGGCGCCAGCGCUACACCUUCUUCACCAACGCGGCCGGCGGCAUCCUCGACGACCUGAUCGUCGCGCGCCUGCCCGCGGCCCCGCCCGCGGCCGACGCCGACGCCGACGCCGACGAGGAGGAGGAGCAGGAGGAGGCGGACGACCUGGCCCACCUGCGCGCCAACCUGCCGGGCAUCGCGGUGCGCGAGCUGGACGACCGCGCCCUGAUCGCGCUGCAGGGGCCCAAGGCGGUCGAGGUGCUGACCCGCCACGCGCCGGCGGCCGGCGAGCUGCGUUUCCUCUCGCUCGCCGAGAUGGAGGUGGCCGGCGUACCGGCGCUGGUCAGCCGCUCCGGCUACACCG